AUGCGGCUGAAGGCGCGGUACCUGAGCGGGGCACCUGGACACACGUUUGGGAGUGGGGAGUACAUGACUCUUCCCGAUUUUUUCCAGAAGCACCAGAAGCAGGACAAGCGCGAGAUGAAAGCUGAGGGCGUGGACUUCGACGGAAAUCCGGUCUCGUUGACCUUCGUUCUGCACGAGCGGCCGUUGAAAGGGCAGGAAACCGCUGGCGACGUGACAACCUGCUAUGAGCUAUCGUUGAAGUUUGUCCGCGCGAUUGACAAGGAACUUGAGUGGCGGAUGCGCGAUUUCGCCAACCUGGAGGGGUCGAAGCUGUUCCACACCGCCUCUUACCUCACCGACGACGCCAAGCGCGUAGAGGCGUUCAAGCGCUGGCUGGGCAAACUGCACAAGCUCUACCACGAGAAGCUGCCAGGCUUCGAUUUCAAGAAGGCGAGCAACGAACUGUGGAUGUUCACAUCCACACUGUUCAGCCAGCACAACGGGGAGGACUUCCGACCAGGCGCUCUCGAACAUGCUGCGUGA